AUGGGGAUCUGGCAAAGAAUAAAUCCAAGCCUAGCAGAGCACCCUGAUGAUGCUUUUAAUAUCUAUGUUGGGCUCGACGAGGUCUACGAUCCCUCUCAAGCUAGAGACUACGCUGCAGGGCUCUACGACAAAGAAAAAGAGGAUGUUACAGACGCCGAUAUCGUCUUUGCAAAAGAAAUUAUGCUCAUGGGCGCUGAUUUCGAGCGAGAAUGUCUUAUGGAUCGCAAGCAACGAGCGAGCGAAAUUAAUGAAAAGAUCCGAGAUUGGAUUUUGGCGACGGUCAACAGCAGCUUGCUUCAAUUCAUGUUCAUGAGUUUCUACAGUGAGCACCCGGGUGACCAGGUUAUGACUACCCGGCAGAUGCUCAAGAGCUUGCAGCAUCUUUCUGGCCAGCGAAAAAGUCAAGUGCCAGCAGCGCAGCGCACAUGUGCACUUGGCUCUGGAUUAUUGGCUGCAUACUUGGGAUUCAAUACGGUACAACAGCUGUACUACUUUGCAUAUCUUAUUGUACCCAAUACAUUGACGCGUUUACUUCGAAUACACUACCAGGUCUACCGGCAGCGGCAGAGCAUACCCAAUACGAACGUCAGUGAUGGCUUUUCUCCUGCCUCUAAAGUAUGGGAUCGGUUUAGGGUUCUCUGGAACGGAAACCUAAACUGGCUUAAGUUGGCACUUGACACAAGUCGUCCAGACCAAAUACUCGUUUCAUCCAUACCAUUCCAACAGAAGCUAGUAGGAGAUGAACACAAUAUCACCCUCAAAGAUAUUGAUCCAGUUUUAUCAAUUCUCGCUGCGUCGUACAAAUUAGCCAAAGCACAUCCUAACCGCUUCUGUCAACAGCAGCCUCUGAAGCCAAGCGAGCAUACUCGGGGUCUUCACCAUGAGGAUUGGAUGCGAGCUUACGCUGUGAUUACUUUUGCAUGUAAAAAUCAUUUUUCGUUUGCGUCCAACUUCGAAGAGAAUCGAAACAUCGCAAUGUUUGCAAUAUACAUGGAUCUUGCUCAAGAUGCGCAAGAGUCUGAGUCUUUUGGCUACAUAACAGAUGAGUUGCUGCGACAGGUGGAGACGCCCAAGAGACUCAACAGGAUGACCUCAAUGCAGCUAGACGAGGAAAUAUAUUUCCCCGAGCUGGAAGAGAAUUUAUCACAGCUUGCAACAAAGGAUGAGAUUAAAUAUGCCAUCAAUACCCUCGGGCUCUUCCAAUCCAAGACUGCGGCUGAACGCGACCGCAUCAUCCAAGAUACUAAUGGCGCAUGGUUUGAGAUCAUUAUAGAUGCAGUCUGUGCAACACUUGGCACCAUUGUUCCUGGAACUGACCUGGACGAAGAAUUAAACUCUCUCCAAGUACCAACUAAAAUGCGACGCUCUCCAAUUACAGAGAGCGAGAGAGGAUCAUUGCGAGCGCUACUGAAAUCACGGGUUAAAGCAAAUGAGCAUAUCGCAUCCAACAAUACUAUCGAUUUGGAAAGACUGGGCAAGGCGAGGGCGCACCUUGAAGAGAACCUUCCUCCCAACCAAGAUUUGGCAAGCAUCUGCAGCUUGAGAGAUAUUGAUGUGAAUACUUUGUCUGUUGACCCAUGUAACUCACCAAUCAAAGCAAGAUCGCCUCAUAUCAUAGCGUCAUAUGAAGCUGGGGCAAAGCUUAUGCUGGGUGCUGAAACUGGUCAGCCGCAACUCAACCAAGAGAUACAAGGCCAGAUGACUCGGGAACAUCGUGACACUGACAUGGCUCUAGACCAAAAGCUUCCAAAAAGUCUUGGUAAAAACAUCAACGAGAACGGCCUUGAACAAGAUGUCACUACCCAAAACUAUAUACAAAACGACAUGUGGAAUAUGGUGGAAACAUACGAGCAUCUACUCAGGAGAGAGAGUACGCAUGAAGCCGUUCGAAAGCGAGUAAUAGCUGGAGGAGUAGCGUCUGACACGCUGACCCCACGACAAAGGCAGCGGCGCGCAGAAUACAUAAAGUUCAUACUUGAGGGAUCUGGGCCAGCCUAUUUUCUUCAUCCAGAACUUCUAAAAGAUACUUGGCAAGCUAAUGGGCGUGUCGCCAGAGCUAUGGUACCAGUGAUUCAAAAGGUGUUGGAGAUGGUAUCUGUCCAACGAGGCUUGCCCACUCCUACGAGCCUCCCCAAUGGAGAUACUACAUACUUUGGAAUGAGAGUUCCUGGUCUCACCAUUCGGAAAAUUGAGCUCACAUCAAGAGACUCAUACUCAAGUAGGAAAAGGCUCCAUAGCCAUAUUUCUGAGCUGCCAAAAUGCUCCGAAGAUUUGGAUGUCGAGACAGGAAAAGUUGAAGCGGUGUUAGACAGUGCGAUCUGUCGCCGAUUAUCUCUGAUAUCGACUGAUGUCAACAAUAUAGCAUUGACUACACCAACUAAGGGAUUACUGAACCUUGUAUCAACUCGUCAAGGAAGGUCAACCCCUUGUAUACCAACGAAAGGAUCAGAAUUUACAAACCGGUUGGCCAAACUCGAUACAACCGGCGGCUUGGAGUGGCUCUUCCACCAUACCAGGGAACUGCAGAGGUAUAGCUUUCCUAAAGACAGGCUAGGCCAAGUGCGUUAUACAGCUUGGGACAGUCCCAAGUAUUGCCAUGUACUAUUGAGAGCUCUUGAGGCCAAGGAGCGACAGGAGAAGCUACUGGUAUGCGUAAACAAUCUCCUGACAUCCCAGCGUCGAAGUUCAAUAUCUAUCGAGAGUGGCCGACUUUUGGGAAUCAAUCAAACGCGCCAUGUGGAGUGGGAAAUUUUCAUUGCCAAGCAUACCUUUGAUGCGUUCAUUGAAGGAAGCAUUAUGAAAGAAUAUUCGGCUGUCGUCGCCGUCACAGCAAACCUUGUUUCUGCAAUUUCGGGAGAGGCGCGGAUGAUUUGUGCAUAUGAGAUUGUGAGACAGCAGUUUGGACAGGAAUACUCGCUGUACUCCAGAAUGAGAGCACCAUGGAACGAGAUGGAUGGUGACGACAUGCGUCGCGAGGGAUACUUUUACUCGGCGCUUGCUGAAUUCUUCUUCCAGAACCCGGACCAGGCGUUCUUGGUGGGUCGAAACAACAUUCGACAAAUCGCUUUAGCCUGGAAAGUUGGAAUGAGGAUUACUGUUGACAUGGUGAAGGAGCCGGCGCCCUUGGAAGCUGGAGAAGGCCUGGUUCUUCAAUAUUUGUGA